AUGAAGUCGGUCAAGUUUACACUUGCAAACUACCGUUAUCAGGAGCUUGUCAUGGACGCCAUUGGAUUCACGCUGCUGGAACAGAUGUGCGCCGACUUACCGGAGGGGAAGGAGAAACUUGGGAUAUUUAUUGAUGAGGUUUUGGCAGACCUGAAGGCAGGACCAGUGUCGCCCUCUGGCAGCAAUGCGAAUAGCUACAGCCUUCCUUACAAAAAUGUUACAAGUACACUCAUGCAAGGAGCGUCGCCGUUGCGUGAGCGAAGCCCCCCGUCCUUCUGGGAUGGGAUGGCGGUGGGUCUCCUGGGCUCUGUCAUGGACUGUUACCUACCGUCAAAGCCGCUCCAGAGUUACUACGGCAUGCGGUGUGGGAUGGGGCGUGUGACAUCAAUAAAACAUGAUAACAACUCUUUUCUUUUUUUGGUUAUUUUUUCUGCCGAAAUGGAUCUCGCAGCACAAAGGGAUGGAUGCAGCAUUUUGUUUUAA